AUGCAGGCCCUCACCCGCCUCUCCUUCUUUCCUCUCCCAGUUAUCCAGUUAUGGUGCAGCAGCGUAGAAGGGGAGAUGAAUUUGCUGCGGAGUGUGAGGGACGCGAUGACCUGCGUAUUUCCUCUGUCUCUUGCGGUGUACAUACACCCCGUUUUGUUUUCUCGUGCUUUUAGAUUUGUUGAGAGCAGAUACAGCAGAGACAAACCAAGAAAUGGACUGCUAGCAUCUGACAGACACCUCGAGCCUCUCUUUCUCUCACAUCUCUGCUGGGCAUUCCUCGUUGCAGAGAUGCACCGCAGGCCCUUCUUCUUGACUCUCUUAGACAGAGCCCUGGCUCUCUCUCCCCCCCCUACACCGCAGCUGUCUCCUCCUACACCCCAGCUGUCUCCUCCUGCCGCUCAGGUGUCUCCUCUUGCAGCUGCAUGCAAGGAAUCUAUUGCAGAGGAGACACCCCAGUUUGUCUCUGCCUCAGUAGCUGGUGAUGAGGACUUCACUCAGCAGGAGACUCUGCUGCAACAGCAGGAGACUGUGCUGCAGCAGCAGGAGACUCUGCCACUGCAGCAGGGGGAGACUCUGCUGCAGCAGCAGCAGAGUCUGCUGCAGAAGCAGGAGACUCUGCUGCAGCAGCAAGACAACCGGGGUUGUGGGGUCCUGGUUGUCUUCAUCGACGCUCAGGAGUGGCAGCACGCGAAGGAGACGCAGCAGCAGGUGUCUCUGCUGCGCAGCAACUGUUUAGCGUUCGGAUUGCUGCUGUCUGCUGCAGCCUUUUCAGACUCAGCUGCAGCAGCAGCAGAAUCUGAAGAAGCUGCAGCAUCUCGCUGCUACAGCAGCAGAGAUCAUCUUUGGGGGGCCCGGCGCCCUGGCGUCUGCGGGACGUUGCUGCACCAGCAGCAGCAGCAGCUGCUGCUGCUGCUGCUGCUCCUGCUGCUGAUGCUGCUGCUGCUGGUAACGCCUCGUGUGGGUCACCUGCAGCAGCAGGAGACUCUGCUGCAACAGCAGGAGAAUGUGCUGCAGCAGGGGGAGAGUCUGCCGCUGCAGCAGGGGGAGACUCUGCUGCAGCAGCAGCAGAGUCUGCUGCAGCAGCAGGAGACUCUGCUGCAGCAGCAAGACAACCGGGGUUGUGGGGUCCUGGAGGCGUGUCUAGACUAUCGCGUGGGGGGUGGUGUUUCCUCUGCUUCUUCUUCUUCUGCAUUUGGCUGUCAGUGGCCUCUCUCUGAAGUUUGCUUAUGGGUACGGGGGGCCCCCCUCGUGCUGCAGGCUGAGGCAGAGGGUCUGCGUACUGCUGCGGGGGCCCCCAAUAGUCGCCGCAAUUUCAAUACUGGAUAUAAAUAUUUGCUGCUGAGGGCAUUCAGAGCCAUGGGGAUAAUGAGGGUAAGAAAAUACACGCAGCAGCAGCAGCAGCAGCAGCAGGUGGCUGAUGCUGCUGAUGAUGCUGCUGCUGCUGAUGAUGAUGAUUUGCUUCCUAGGACACACAUACGUGCUGCUGCGGACUGCUGCAGCAGCAGCACGUGGGGCUUGCUGCUGCUUGGUACAGCAGCAGCACGUGAACGUUGCUGGGGCCGGCUGCAGCAGGAGCAAAUUGGUGUUGCUGCUGCCUGCUGCGGCAGGGACACAUGGACGGUGCUGCUGAACAUACGUGCUGAUGCUGCAGCAGGAGCCCUGCAUGCAGUGUGCAACCAGCUCUCUGCUGCUGCAUAUGAUGCUGCAUCUUCUGCUGCAUUUGUUUCUGUGGCUUGUGCUGCAUCCGUCGCUGCAUUUGCUUCUUUGUCUGCUGCUGCAUCUGCUGCUGCAUCUGCUGCUACUGCUGUUGCUGCAGGUGGUCUUCAUCGACGCUCAGGAGUGGCAGCACGCGAAGGAGACGCAGCAGCAGGUGUCUCUGCUGCGCAGAAAACUCAGCUGCAGCAGCAGCAGAAUCUGAAGAAGCUGCAGCAUCUCGCUGCUACAGCAGCAGAGAUCAUCUUAGGCGCUCUGCCAGGGAUACGAGCUGCACUGCUGUAG